AUGUCUCGUCUAAUGUCCUUCUUCUCUUCGGACGAUGCGGUCCCUGAAGCUAUUGAGUCACACCCUCUCAACGAGCUUCAUCCGACCACAGCCCAUACGUACCCACCUGCGGGUGGUACAUUGGCUAGUCCAGUUAUUUCCUCCAGCAAGGAGUGUCCGAUGGAGUUAGAUAAUCCUUGGCAGUCUGUCCAUAGGGUAAGAGAUGACGAUGAGCAGCGGCCGAAUAAAGUCUUUCUCAAGGAAGUUGAUCAGUCGUUCAAGCUGCAUGAAGAUGUGCGCAAGCUACAUUUUAGCAACCAUAAUCUUCUACUCCAGGAAACGCAACACGCAGGUGCAUGUAGUCUCACAUCCCUCACGUUCACACUUAACUCGUUUCAGGUCACCUCGAACGUUUGCGAAUCAGAUAUGCAGUCGGCCAUUGCACAGUAUCAGCAACAGAACCAAUCUCUUCAGCAUGACAAUGCUAAUGCCCUCGCCUCCUUGGACCAGAACCAUCAUAAAGAAGUAGCAGAGCUUCAGAGCAAUAUGGCACUUGGUCUUCAUAAAGCCCAAAAUGAGGGCCACGCUGAAAUAGAACACUUAUUGGCAGAGAAAGAGGUUCAAUUUGAACGCGAAAUGCGUUUAGCAAGAGAUAGGUUUUUGGCCGACAAUGAAGCUGAAUUAACCCGCUUGGAUGCCAAGUAUAGUUCCAAGAUUAAUUUGUUGGAUAUUUCUGAUUCCAGUUCAGAAUGUGAUGCAGAUGAGGAACUCCAGAUGGAUAGUAGUAUGCCCCUGACUUCACUCUUAGGAGACGUCCUGAUCAGGAACACGACUGUUGGCAUGCUUGCUAAGGCACUCGCAAAGGUUCUUCAGAAUUCUCAAACAACGUCUCCCUGGGGACCUCGCUCAGGACGCAAACAGCCUAAACCCCCUGUCGAAAGUUUUACUGAUACCCAGCGCCGGGAUAACAAGGCAAAUGUCCGAGAAUUGUUCAAAAUUGCAUUCCACGCCACAAAAGACGAAGAGUAUAUGCUUCAUGUGCUGGCGUCGCGCAAAGCCAUAUUGUCUUUCACACAUGGAACGGGCCCAGGUCCUGACCCACUUGCAAUGCAAUGGGAUAUGGCGACUACACACAGGUCCGAGUGGAACCAAAAAGUCAUUGAUUUACUCUGCACCCAGUAUACAACUUUGCAAGCGAUCAACCAAUGGUCUAGGCGAUCCCCUCAAUCAAUCAAAGAUGAUAUCAUAAUGAAAUUCAGUCAAUGCUGCAGGUGUUGGAGAAAGGCUCAGCCUCUCAGCCUCAGCAACGGUACUCACGAGACCAUGCAACAAGUGGGAGAUCGACUCGUGGAUCAGACGAAUGAGCGACUGCGGCUCGCUAGGGUCAUCACUCGCAGGGCGACGAAGUUCGAAACUCGAAAAAAAGUCACAUUGACGCUAUUGAGUGAUAGGAAUGCGACAGGGAAGGAUGAUAAGGCUGUGUGGGCAUAUCUACAAUCUAUUGUGGAGAAUCUUGGCAAAGAUGGCAUGAGCUCUGACGAGAGUGAGCAUGAAGAUGGAGAUCUUCAGGUCUUUCAUCAGAAGAGUAUGCCAUGGAGGGCAGAUUUCAGUCACAAGAUGCAGAUUAUUGACCAACAGCGUUUGACGGGUGCCUCAAUCUUCACUCCCCGCGGAAACAAGCCUGCAAAGCAUCUUCGCAACACUAACUGGGAGUCUUCUCGCAUAGCAACUGAAGGCCUGCCAAGAGCAUUCUAUAAUCCUUCCUGGUUGGCUGACCAACAUCCAUCAUUCACAGUAUCUAAGAAGAAGUUCCAGAGGAUGGAGAUUAUUGUUGCUCGCUAG